AUGCCGCGUAUCAAGGCCAACAGGUCCGUCGGGGCGGAGCUUGUCGUGUCGCCCUGGAUCAAAAAGAAGGGCGCAAAGCUCGCGCCAGGCGAUGAAAUUCGAUCUGUAGAUGGCCAGAGGAUGUGGUCAGUAACCCCACAGGACCUGCUGCAUCCGCCAGACCCGCCUGCGUCAAUGGCCGCAGCGCCGAUCUUGGCGCCACCCGGGCUGAUCCCGCAGCUGCAGCCCGCGCCUGUCAACCCCGGCGUGUGGCACUCGCGGCGGCGAGCUCAGCACUCAGAGCAGGCCCAAGAGCGGCAGCAGCAGCAUCCCAAGUCAGCCACGGCCCAGCUGGGGGCGCCGCACCCAAACGGCCGCGCGCCAGCCACCUCUGGGGGAACCCGUCCCCCUUCGGAUGCCACCACCAGCGGCAGCGGCGACGAUUGGGACGAUAUCGAAUCCGCUAGUUUGCAAGAAGCCCCGGUGGCGGCGGCGGCGGCAGCGGGGGGCGAGCGGCUUGUGGGCGUCGCGCGGCUGGCGCUGCUGCCAAGCGGCGACCUCUCGGGUCACCUGGUGACACAAGACAGCAGCGGCGACGGGAGUGGGGGCGGUCGCAGCACGUGCUUUGGACUCGUGGGCAGGCAGGUGCUCGCUCAGCACUCUUGUUAUCGGGACACGGAGUGGGGGCUGCUGCGGCUCUCCAUAAUCCGCUUCGCUGACAAGGCCGCCGCCGGCGCCAGGGCCAGCGCCGGCGGCGGCGCGAGCAGCAGCAGCGGCCGCAGCAGCGCCGGCAGCAGCGACGGCGGCGAGGAAUCUGAAGAGGAGAAUGACCGCAGGGCGAGCCCUGGGGCCGGCGGCGAGGCCAAGGGCGGGGAGUUUGAGGCCGAGGCGGAGGCGGUCGCGUGGGUGCAGCGAUCUGGGGGCGAUCUCGUGCGCCUCGAGCCCGCCGAUUUCGACGACGAAGACACGGCGGCCGUCCUCGCGGCCGACGGCCUCGGCGACGACAGCGACGGGUUCACCGUGAGCUUCCCGGCCGCGAGCUUCUCGGGUGCAACGCUGCUGGCUGACGCGGCCGCGGACGCGGCACUGGCGUCGUUCGCGCCGCGGCUGGUCGGGCGGGGCGCGGUGGUAAACAUCGGCCGCAUGCGGAUCACCGGGCUCCCGCUGGGGUUCUCGCGCGGCGGGGCCGGCACAUGCGGUUCGCAGCGGCGGCGGCGGGGGCGGAAGCGGCGGCGGGGGGCCGGCGGCCAUGCCGGCGGGGGCACAGCGGGGCCAGAGGAGCCGCUGGGGGUUGUUGCAGGUGACGCUUUAGGUGCGGAGCCGCAGGGAGACGAGCUGUGGUGA